CCGGCUGCUGGGGGCGGGCGGGCCGCGCCCCGCCAAUCGGCGCGCCGCAACAUGGCGGCCGCGGGAAGCGCGGUGCCGCGCGGCGGCCCGGCCCGGCCGACGGCGUAGGCCGGCAGCGGAGGGCGGGGGCGCGGCCGAGCGCGUGGCCGCGCGCAGGGGGUACAUGGAGCCCGGCGGCAGCCCCCUGGAGCCCGGCUUUUCGGAGCAGGACACGCCCUGCCUGAUCGUGGAGGACUCGCAGCCCGAGAGCGCGGGCGCGGCGGAGGCGGCGGCGCGGGCCUGCUUCGCGCUGCUGGCCCGCCGGCUGCCGGCGCGGCGGAGGCGGAGCCCGAGCCCCGUGCUGGAGCUCGUCUGCGGUCGCAGCGGGAGCCGCGCGGGCGGCGGCGCGGACCGGGAGCGACGCGCAGAGCCCAUGGCGACCCCUGCCCGCCCGGAGGCCGCCGGCCCGCGCGGCCGCGACGCCGAGGAGGAGCCGCCGCCCGGCGGGGAGAGCAGCGUCCUCGGAAAGGCGGGAGAAGGCGGUGGAGGUGACGUCGAGGACUGCGCUACCUCACCGCGUGCAGAAGAUACAGGCACGUCGCAGCUGCAUUUUGGAGCUUUAGAGCUCUCACAGAGCCAGGAUUUUGAGAGUGACUUUGUGCCCAGUGAAGGAGACGCUGUCCCUUCUUCUUUCAGACUUGUGAAGAAUGAUACUGAAGAUGAACUGAAUGUGGGUAGCCGCGAAACUGUCUCUGGCAGGGAAACACAUACUGUUUUGGAAUGCCAGCCAGAGGAGUCUGGAAGAACUCUGCAGGAAGGAGCAGAGGGUACCAGGAAAGAAAUGCCUGUCUCUGAUCUGCCUAAAACUGAGAAAUCCUCUGACUCUGGUCAUCAGGAGUUGGAGAUCUUGUCAACUCAGGAAGAGAUGUUUCCCGAGGAUAACGCAACAGCUUCUGGGAGUGGCUGUGUCAUAACCAGGGUGGAAGAGGGAAGAUCUCUGGCAUGCACCCCUGCUCGCAGUCUGCACCUCCUACAGCUCUCUGGACAGGGAUCCCUUGUGCCGGAGAGUCACUCCACUGGUUCUUCAGGCCUAGCUGUUCCCUCUCCUGAUGCCUUUGGAUCCAACACUCUUGUCCCCAGCAGUCCUACUGAACAGGAGGAAGCAGAAGAAGAACAGAUGGAUAUCUCUCUCCCAGCAGAAGGGAGAGACUUGAUACAGGAGAAGCAGAGAGGAGAUGUGCUAGCAGAGAUCACCGUCCCGUGUAUCCUACCAGAACCUCCUGUUCUGCCGCAGGCUUCAACUCCAGUGUCCCAGAGUGCCCCAGCCUUCUUUCCUGGAUCCUUACCUAUACCAUCGCAACCAGAGUUCUCUCAUGUGAGGGUUCAUGAUAUCUUUAUUCCAACUCAGAGUCCAGAGGAGAGGCAUAAGGGAGGAGAAAAAGCUGCUGUUUUACCCCAUUCGUGCUUGCCUGGAGAUGUCUCUGGACCCACAGGUGCUUUGUCAAAGAUGCCUGCAGGGGACUCUGUGUCACAGCCCUCCGAUUCCUGUAAGCUGAUGCUUUCUGUCAGUGAAUGUAGCCAGCCCACGAAUGCAGAAGGCAGUUCAGGCUCUCUGAAAACUGGCCGAGACAGUGAAACCACACAGGUAGAGAUGGCUUCUGAAUGCAAAGCCUCAGACCUGAGACUCAGUUCUGUGGAGAAUGACAAUGUACAACUGAGGCUGGAUGCAGGCCCCCAAGCCCUCUCUGUGGAGAACUGUGAAAAAGCAAAAAAGGAGGAUGUUCAGGCCACAAGAAAGCCUGUAAUGCAGUUAGUUGCUAAAGGCAUAGCAGGUGAUGGGUCGUUAACCCCUACAGCUUACAGUGAUCAUGAGUGUAAUCCUGGAAGUCAGGCUGCUGCAGAUCUGUCUGACCAGCCUGAGAUUUUGUCAUAUACUCUGGGUAAAGAAGCACAGUCUGAGAACAAUCCAUUGGAAGAGAAUCCUGAACCAGAGGCAGUUCCUGAGACUCAAUGUGAAGAACAGGAAAAGCCACAGCUAAAAGUGAAGCAGGUAAAUGAAGAUGGGUCUCUUACCAACAAAGUCCAUACUCAGAAGUUUAUUCUUGAAAAGAAAAUACAGUGUCAUGAAGAUAUGGAAGUGGAAUUUGCUGAUGAUUCUUGUAAAAACUUCAAAAACUUGGCAGAUCAGACCCAAGAAUUAGAGAAGGCUGGACCAGAAAGCUGGGCAAAAGAAACUUCAAAAGCUUGCACUUUGGGCAGUGCAGAGGUGCCAAACAUAGAAAAACUGUCCUUUAGGGCUACUUCAGAAAACAUGCCAAAGCUCAGUAAAGUUUUAUCUCCACCUUCUGUAGGAGAGUUAUUGGAACAGCACAACAAUUUGUUUCCCAAGUUAAAGACUGACAUUUCAUCAGAGGUGGCACUGUGUGCCAAAGACCAUACUGAUGGUUCAGAAUUAGGCCAGAAAAUGAUAACAGGGAAUCGGCCACUACUUCAGGAGAAAGGGGCUGAUAUGCUGGUGACUCAGCAAGAGAAUCGGGUGCCAAAGAGUACAGAAGAUAUUGUUAAGACAAGGAAUCUGGAGCAGGAAGAGCAGAUGCAGCCACAGGAGAAGGCAGCUGCUAAGUCCCCUAGUCCUUCCAAUGGAACCCCGUUUCAUUUUACCCUGCCAAAGGAGGGUGAUGUCAUUCAGCCCUUGAUGAGCACAACACCACCUCUUAUUGGCCAGCUUAAAAUGGGGCCCAGAAGACACAGCACACCAAUUGUGGAUGAUAGUUGUCCAGACAGCACUAUAGCAACUAGUGAUGUGACAGCAGAGGGCACAAUGGGGACCAACAGUGUCUCAGUAGAAAGUGCAAUAGUAUCAGCAGAUGUGUUGGAAGUAUGCGAGAAAGGAGAUUCUGGUGCAGCUCCUGAUGCUGAUGGGAAACUCUCUCUGCGGAUGAACCUUAUAACCCCUUUGAACGAUGGCAGCGAGGAGUCCCUGCCAUUCAGCUUGGAAAAGCCUACAGCCAGUGAAAGGAAAAAUGGAUCCUCUGCUGUUGCUGGGGCUGUUGCCAGCUCCCAGAAGUCAUCAUCUGUGUUUAGUCGUGUUUGUGAAGUUCGGCGAGAGGAUGAGGCCAGAGGCCAUGGUCUUUCCACUUCUCCGUUUAGGGGGAAUCUAUUCAGUUUUCCUGGCACACAAGAAGAUAAGGAACUGUAUAAAAAUCCUGGUGACUGGCAAUGCCAGCAGCACAAGGCAGAGGACAGUGGUGGACAGGUCCAAAUUCUUCAGCGGUUGCAGCAGGACUGCAAUCAACAGCUUUCUCAUGCAGAGGAAGUUGAAUCUGUGGAGACUGAUAUUGUAAGCAGUCGGACAGAAGAAGGGGAAAGAAUGCCAAAGAAACCAACUAAGGCUGUGACAACUGAAGAGAAGGCUGAAGGCCGAGAGAGGUGGGCGAACACCAAUAAUAAAGGGAUUCAAACUGCAGCAGAUUGUAUUUUUGCCCCAACAACUGUUACAACAGCAACACAAACGACAGAAGAACUUUGUGGGCAGGUGGAAGUGGGAACUAGUAUGUCCGGGCAAAGACCUGACCGACAAGAUGCAAACAUCCAAACUGAGGAGAGUGGGGAAAAGCUUGUGAAUGCCUCUGGAGAGGACACAGACUCUCUGCACAGUCAGGGAGAGGAGGAAUUUAACCACCUUCAUCCACCCAAAGGCCGGGUUCAGCAUCGCCACAUACGAACUAUUCGAGAAGUGCGCACUGUUGUUACACGUGUCAUCACGGAUGUUUACUACAUAAACGGUGCAGAGGUGGACCGAAAGGUAGUUGAGGAGACUGAGGAGCCUGUAGUGGAGUGCCAGGAGUGUGAGACUGACACGUCGUCCUCUAGAACUGCAGUGGGCUCAUCACUGACCUCAGGGGACCUUGGCGAUGUCAGCUCCUUCUCAUCCAAGGCGUCAAGCCUCCACCGUACAUCCAGUGGAGCAAGUAGUGGUCACUCUGCCACGCACAGCAGCAGCAGCUCAGGGCGAGGAACUGGAGCUGUCAAAGGGAAAGCAUGUGGGACGGAAACCGGAGAGUUUGCUUUACCCAUUGGCAGAGGCAUCUUAGGAAAACUAAGUCCUAGGAAAGGAGCUGGUCAGCCAGCAUCUCCUCUCAGGGUUAGCCAGACGGGAGCGCUUCCUUGUGAGGAAGAUGAGGACUCUAUGCUUGGUGCUCGUCAGGGUGGAAGAGCACCUGUGACACCUCGUGGGCGAGGAAGAAGAGGCCGUCCACCAUCUCGAGCAACUGGAACAAGAGAUUUAACUGGAUUGCCUGUUGUGGAGGAUCUCUCAACUACAGCAUCACCCGAGGAAAAAUCAUUUGUUCGUACAGUUCGCCUGCCAGAUGGAGGGGAGAAAUCUGACACUGCUGGCUUCUGUGACUUACGUCGAAGUGACUCUCCAGAAAUCCCAUUACAAGUGGUGGCUGGUCCUUCAGACUGUGCAGAUUCAUCCUCUGGAAGCAGCUUUGUGGGCCUCAGGGUUGUAGCAAAGUGGUCCUCAAAUGGCUACUUCUAUUCUGGGAUGAUUACCCAAGAUGUUGGGGCAGGAAAGUACAAGCUGCUCUUUGAUGACGGGUAUGAAUGUGAUGUGCUAGGAAAAGAUAUUUUACUCUGUGACCCUAUCCCACUGGAGACUGAGGUGACGGCACUCUCAGAGGAUGAGUACUUCAGUGCAGGUGUAGUGAAAGGACACCGGAAGGAGUCUGGAGAGCUAUAUUAUUGCAUUGAAAAGGAAGGCCAGAGGAAGUGGUACAAACGGAUGGCUGUUAUCCUGUCUCUGGAACAAGGAAAUAAGCUCCGGGAGCAGUUUGGGCUAGGUCCUUAUGAACCUGUCACCCCCCUGACCAAGGCAGCUGACAUCAGCCUUGAUAACCUUGUGGAGGGGAAGCGGAAGCGACGUAGUAACCUUGGGUCUCCCAGCACUUCCAGCAGUAGCACGACUCCUACUCGUAAAGGGCUGGAAAGUCCGCGCAUCCCACUGGGAAUGCUAUCUGGGAAGAGGAAACUUGUUGCUUCUGAAGAUGAGAGAUCCCCAGCUAAACGUGGGCGCAAGUCAGCAACAGUAAAGCCUGGAGCUGUGAGAGCAGCAGAGUUUGUGAGCACCUGUGAAAGUGUAGAUGCUGUAGACCCCCCAGUACUGGAGGACCAUCAUGGCCCAUUGCCCCACAACAAGACCCUCUUUUUGGGCUAUGCCUUUCUUCUCACCAUGGCAACACCAAGUGACAAAUUGGCCAAUCGCCAGAAACCAUCAGAUGGUCCUGCAGGGAGUAGUGAAGAGGAAGAAGAAUUUCUAGAGAUGACUCCAUACAACAAACAUUACAUAGCACAGCAGCUACGAGCUGGAGCUGGCUAUAUCCUGGAAGACUUCAAUGAAACACAGUGUAAUGCUGCAUAUCAGUGUCUUUUAAUUGCGGACCAACAUUGUCGAACUCGGAAGUAUUUGCUGUGCCUUGCCAGAGGAAUCCCUUGUGUGUCUCAUAUCUGGGUCCAUGACAGCUGUCAUGCUAACCAGCUUCAAAACUAUCGGAAUUACCUUUUGCCAGCUGGUUAUAGCCUCCAGGAGCAAAAGUUGCUAGAAUGGCACCCCCGAGAAAAUCCAUUCCAUAACUUGAAGGUUCUCCUGGUGUCAGACCAGCAGCAGAACUUCCUGGAUCUGUGGUCUGAAAUCCUCAUGACAGGGGGAGCAGCAUCUGUUAAACAGCAUUGCUCAAAUGCUCACAACAAAGAUGCCUGUCUUUCCUCCUGUGCAGAUAUUGCUUUGGGUGUUUAUGACGUGGUGGUGACUGAUUUUUCCUGCCCAGCUGGUCUCUUGAAGUGUGCAGAAGUGUUACGGCUGCCUGUUGUGUCACAAGAGUGGGUGAUCCAGAGCCUUAUUGCUGGGGAGAGAGUAGGCUACAACAAGCAUCCAAAAUAUAAACAUGACUAUGUCCCCCACUAAACUGCCCUUUGCCCUGCCCACCCUCUGUUGUGCAGACUGUGUUUUAAUCAGGUUUUAAAUGUUUGUGUAAUUGAACAAUGUGCAUGGGUUACUGUAUAUAGUUUUAUUUGCUGGACUUUUAUGAUGAAAUAAAUGUUGAAUCUCUUGUGGUA